UUUAGUUUUUUUGUUAAGUUAAACCUUAGUAAUGGUUUAUAUACGGCUCAUGACAUAAGGACUUAACACAAUAAAGAAAGAAAGCAAAUUACAUGUUUAGAGUAACUACUGUGGGGAAAAAAAGACUAGAUCAUGGAAAGUCUUUUUCUGACAAGGUUUCAAGUAAUUUGCUUCUAAGACAAUAAAAGACUAAUUCACACCUGAGUAUAAAAGUAUUCCAUCACCCAGACUCAAGUCUAAUAAUGCAUACAAAUAAAUGUGGUGUUUAUGGAAACAAUAACAUACGACAGGGUGUUCCAGUAUGGUCCGGGAUCUGCGUGUUUGGGGGUGUUUGGCAGAAGGAGAGGUGUGCAUAUAUUGGAUCAUAUGUAUACCCCCUGGAGUAUGUUAUUGUGCUUAUAAAAUGGCACCCUACCCCACCACUCAUCAAAGUGGAUUGGUUGUCGAGUGAAUCAAGAUAAAUCAUCCCAACAAAUACACACAUGCACAUUUCAUACAGGAAUUGUUUAUGUCACCAGAACAAUCAGAUGAGAUGUGGGGUUUGCUCCUAGAAACAGAGUAGGAUUUUAAAACACUAUUGAGAUUUUAAAACACGAAGCACUCUUUAUUUUCAUUUUAAAACAGAUAUCUGUUACUACACCGAAGAGCACAAGAGUAAAACAGAGUCACUUCCUGAGGUGCUGUAUGCCUUCCUAGAUGACAGUGUACAACCAUUAAGCUGUCCCCUUGCAACACUCAGCCCAUGUAAAUGUGAGAAAUCCCACAUCUACUCUAUAUGGUACUGUGUUUCUUACAGUCUAUGUAGUAUGUCUAGCAUCCACUAAGGCUAGAGUGGUGGCAGGGGAACAGAUUAAUGGUUACACUCUGGUGUACCUGUUGCAACUGCAGUUCUGAUUCUGAGAGCUCUAUUAAGAAAAAAAUAACAAGAUGGUACAGACACAAUUAAAAAUACAUAUUUUAAUUCUCCAUGGUGGAUAUUAAUUUCUUCCCAUGUAACCAAUAUUAAACCCACAUUUCCCAGUGAGGUUACAAUACAACAACAAAAGGAGCACUGAUUUAAAUAUAUUUCCAUAUCAAUAUGCCAUGUUAUUGUCAUGCUAUUGCAUGCUGGUACAUUUUAUGAAUUUGAACUGUAUAUUUUAACCUUGACUCUAACUUGUAAGUAACUUAUUGUUUUUAGUUAAACUUGUUUUAAUGAUUGGAGACUGGUUGGCUUCAAAAGUAUUUGUAUUCAUGAAAAUGAGUGCUUGUGCCAAUAGAACAUUUCCUCUAUCGAUGUACUGCAGACAAAGCUUUUUUCAAGCUAAUUCUGCAUUUUGAUAAAUAUUUACCAUACAAUAAACAAAUGAAUGUGCAGCAAGCAUAUGUUAAUGAAACCAAACAAACAUUGCGCCAGGUUUGCUCAGUGAAUUUUACAAAGAUUUAUAAUUUCCAAAUCAUGACUGAUGAUAAAUAGAACCGUGAUUAUCGCUCUUGUUUCCAGUGGCUGCAGUGUAGAAGAACUUUAUUUAUGCAUGAAAGCACCAGAAUAAAUUACACAUGGUCAAUGGAGAGUGAACCCCAACAACAGACAUCUCCCGCAAAUCACCACACCACAGAGAGCAAAAAACAACAAAAGAUCUACUGUGAGCACAGAGGGAGAGUUCCCUUCUCACUUCAGACCAGCCCUUUCCUUUUCUUCUCUUAAAACUGCUUCGUGAUCAGUUUGCUAACAAUCUCAGCAGACUGAUAUCCGUUCCUGCUGAUUCAGCACAAGGACAAUGCAAAGUGCACUGUUCCACUGCAUUAUCCUGAGCAGGAAACUUGCAUUGUCUUAAACAUAUUUGUUAAUCAUAAAGCAAACUCAAUGUAUCAUUGAACUUUUGACUCGCAACAUUUCAUUCGCAAGUGUUUUUCUUCUGGCUUUUCUUAAGAACAGGACGGCUCCACAGCAGACAUGACAGCCAUAAAGAUACAGACACAAGGGAUGCAUUCCUGCAGAAGACCCAAAAUGCAGUUCCUUGAGAUUUUCACCAGAAGCUUAAUUAUUCUGUGCAUAGCACUAGCCAUCAUAUUGUCCUCUAUUUCUGUGUGUGAUGGCCAUUGGCUUUUUGCUAAUGCCAAAGUAUUUGGACUUUGGCACUUUUGCAUCAUUGAGCAGCAUGGUGUCCCCAAUUGCACUACAGAUCUGAAUGUGGCCAGUAUUGAUGGACUGCAAGUUGGACUUAUAUUUUCCCGAACAGCUGUCUCUUUUGGGGUUGUAGCGGCUGUCUUUGGACUGGAGCUGUUGAUCGUCUCCCAAGUUUGUGAAGAUCCCCAUUCCAGAAAGAAGUGGUCUUUCGGAUCUCAGCUUGUUCUUUUGUCCUUUGCGUUGUCAGCUACUGGGAUGCUGAGUUUUGUUAUCUGGCUGUGGAACCAGGUCUCCUUCAUGGGGUUUACUUUGACCUACUGGUGCCAAUUCACUGCCAUGUUUCUCUUCUUUCUAAACGGAAUCAGCGGGCUUCACAUUCAUAGUUUAAUGCAGCUGCCUAUAGUUCACCCAGGGAACAUGUAGAAUAACCUCAGUUCCUGUGGGUUCGAUAAAGUUUUGCUCAGGAUUUAUGUAAAUAAUGAUUUCUGUAUAAAAAAAAUGGAAAGAUGGACUGAAGUUGUCAUCCAAAUUCCUUUUUAUAACAUGUCUUUUAAUGGUCAUAAUACAGGCAGUGUUUUGAUUAUAUUUAGGAAACGUGAGAAAGAACUUUAAAUGUGUGAUCUCAUGAAAGGGAAAUCUAACUGUUAAUGUCACAAACCAAGUUGUACUAUAACAUCUUUUGACUAUUGAAUUUGACAGGUGUUGUAUUCAAUAAUUAUAUAUAUGUAAUUAAACUGAAUAGUCGAAAGAUGUAGCUCAACCAAAAUUCAAUUUGCACAUUUAUCAGAAUAUGAACUUUCAGCGUUAUUGUCAGUGUUAGCACAUGCAAACAUUUUUGUUCCAUUUUAGCACGCUGUAGUUUAAUACUACAGAAAGAUCUGCCUUUUUAAAGAAUUUUAGUUUGUAAUUAAUCAUUUCCUGUCUCUUACAGAAUGUGAACUGAAGCUGGUUGCCAUGAAUUUUGUGAACAUUUUAAUGUUUACUUUAGAAAAAAUUGAUUAAAUCAAUGAUUGUGCUUUUAUGUACAGUAAAAAUGUGAUGCUUCU